CAGAGUACCAUCAACAAGUACCGAAAAGUGACUCUCACCCUUCAAACAAUUCACCAAAUUUUGUCUGUCUCGUCUGGAUCUCCAUAUCUCAAGGAUGCAACUUACCAAUUGGUGUCAUAUCCAUUAGAGUCGUGAUGGAGGAGAAGGCAGAGGAAUGAGACAAUGUGAAGUGGAGGGACAACGAGGAACAGGAGCAAAACUGCGCAAAGGGGAAAAGGCGAACCGAAGCAGAGGCCACCAAAAAGCACAUUUAAAGAAUUUUAAUCGAAAACUGCCAAGAAAUAAAUAUAUUUACAAGCAUAUAUACUAUACAUACAACAUAAACAAAUAGUAUAUAUAUACAAUACAUAGAGAACUGUUAUAUAUACUGAAAACUCAAAGCGAGUCGCCACAAGAAAACGAUGAAGCGAGGCACUGCAAUGAUUCCGAAAUAAUAAUAUAUUUGUAAAAUAAACGCUGCCAGGAAAACAACCGAAAACUACCCUAACAACAACAAAAAAAAAAACAGCAACUGAAAUGCAUAUAACGCACAACAACAAACCAACAACCAAACUCUACAACAAUUACAACAAGAGAAAAGUUGAAUUUUCCCUCAACUGUUGCGCCUGCGCCUUAAAAUCGCCUUAGAAAAAAGCGCCUUAAAAAGCACUCGCUCCCAAUCGUCAUCGAACAGCCCAUACGAAAUACAUACCAAUAACAGCCCCUAGGAAGCGGAAGCACUACCAGAGACCAGAAACCGGACACCAGGCACAAGGCACAAGGCACCACCACAAUCACCUUCUUCAACCACCAGCAGCAAAAGCCAAAAAAGCGUGCAGAGGGAAAUGAGAUGAAGUGGUUUCAAGUGACCAUAGAUAUGAUUCUUGUGCUUUCAUUUAUAUCAAGCAGCACAGCGAAUCCGGAUGCCAAGAGAUUGUACGACGAUUUGCUGAGCAAUUACAACAAACUUGUCCGGCCGGUGGUAAAUGUUACGGACGCUCUCACCGUUCGCAUCAAGCUGAAGCUGUCGCAACUGAUUGAUGUCAAUCUAAAGAACCAAAUCAUGACCACCAAUCUGUGGGUGGAGCAGUCCUGGUACGAUUACAAACUAAAAUGGGAGCCAAAGGAGUACGGCGGCGUCGAAAUGCUCCACGUUCCCUCCGAUCACAUCUGGCGUCCGGACAUCGUGCUCUACAACAACGCCGACGGCAAUUUCGAGGUGACGCUGGCCACCAAAGCCACUCUGAACUACACGGGACGUGUGGAGUGGCGUCCGCCAGCCAUUUACAAAAGCUCCUGCGAGAUUGAUGUCGAGUACUUUCCGUUCGAUGAGCAAACCUGCGUCAUGAAGUUUGGCAGCUGGACCUACGACGGUUUUCAGGUGGAUCUGCGUCACAUCGAUGAACUGAAUGGCACCAAUGUUGUUGAAGUGGGCGUGGAUCUAUCCGAAUUCUAUACAUCCGUCGAGUGGGAUAUACUUGAAGUUCCUGCAGUGCGCAAUGAGAAGUUCUAUACGUGCUGCGAUGAGCCAUAUCUGGACAUCACAUUUAACAUCACGAUGCGCAGGAAGACGCUUUUCUACACGGUCAACCUGAUCAUCCCCUGCAUGGGCAUCAGCUUUCUAACCAUAUUGGUGUUCUAUCUGCCAUCAGACAGUGGCGAGAAGGUCUCAUUAAGCAUAUCCAUUCUGCUGUCGCUCACCGUGUUCUUCCUGCUGCUGGCGGAAAUCAUUCCACCCACAUCGCUGGUGGUGCCGCUGCUGGGAAAGUUUGUGCUCUUCACCAUGAUACUGGAUACGUUCAGCAUCUGUGUGACAGUCCUGGUUCUGAACAUCCACUUUCGGUCGCCCCAGACCCACACAAUGGCCCCUUGGGUGAGGACGGUGUUCAUCAAUCAGCUGCCGCGAUUCCUGGUCAUGCGGCGGCCCCUAUAUCCGAUCAGUGAAAUGAUCAAAUCCUCGCGCCGUCUAAUGGUGCGCACCUGUAAUGGACUCGAACUGAGGGAUCAAAUACCACCGUUGCCACCGCCCGUGGCCUUGUCGCGCAUGCACCACAGCCCCAAGACGACGUCUCGCAGCACCUCGCCACACCUGCAACACAGAGUACAAACCCUUAAUCUGAUGGACGAGUGUGGCAUGGGAAUGGGAAUGGGUGGUGGCGGUGGUGGUGGUGGUGGGGCGUCCACUAUAACCGGCCACCUUAGCUCCCUGUAUCCGCCGACCAUCUCGACGGUGAAUCAGCAAACCUCGACCACAUCCUCGCUGAUCGAUGCCCAAUACCACAAUCAGUACCAGCAGACCGGGGGCUCGCUGCUGGACCACCCGCUGACGCCAACGAAGUUCCGCCAGAUGACCUCCACCUCCAGCCAGACGGGUCAGAACGGCCAGAACGGAAACGGGCAACACCAUCACUAUGGGGCCGGCGGGGGGAAGUCGUCCUCCACCUCGACGCUGACCCACCAGCAGGCCAGCGGCCAUCACUUGUACCGCCAGCAGUCGAGCUGUUCGGCAAACUUCUCGCCGCUGCCGCAGCAUGCCCAUCAGGCCCAUGCCUCGACCACCACCAGCGACCUGUGCAUGGGCAUGGGCAUGGGCAUGGGCAUGGGGAUGGGCAUGGGGAUGGGUCUGGGGGGCAAUGGGAACCCCAAUGUGAUAAAGUCUACGACGACAGUUAACUCGGUGGCCACGGCCUCCACGCUGGCCGAUUCCUGUUGCAGCGGCAUCCAGAUACACCAGGGCAUGGGCGCCGGUGCCGCCUGCCAAUCCUCGGAGCUGCUCCAGCACCAUCGACCCACCACAUCAGCAGCAGCAGCGGCGGCGGCGGCUGCAGCUGCGGCAGCUGCUGGAGGAGGACCAAGUACCUCGGCAGCGGCGGCAGCAGCCUCGGCUGGUACGCCACCGCCACCGCCACCACCGCCGCCGGCGGCGGCCUGUGAUAUACUGCCCGCCUGCCAGCGAGAGGGCGGCCCUCACUGCUGUUCGGGGCGCGGAAACGUCCGGCAACGCUGGCACACCUGCCCGGAGCUGCACAAGGCCAUGGACGGGGUCAACUACAUCGCGGAUCAGACGCGCAAGGAGGAGGAGAGCACAAGGGUGAAGGAGGACUGGAAGUACGUGGCCAUGGUGCUGGAUCGUCUGUUCCUCUGGAUAUUCACAAUAGCCGUAGUCGUCGGCACCGCCGGCAUCAUCCUGCAGGCACCGACGCUCUACGACACCCGCGUGCCCAUCGACAUCAAGCUCUCAGAGAUCGCCUCGACGACGGCCAAGCCGAAUGUGGCGCGGCCUAUCUUGUAAGGUGCCCCUCCCCCUCCCCCUCCAACCACUCCUCCCCCAAGUCAAGAUCGUGGUAUCGAUGGAUAUCGCGAUCGGUAGGCGUUACCAACCAUUACCAUAUAACAUAUAUGUACACACACACACAGUCUGAAAAAGCCAGCAGAAAAAACCAUAACAAAAGGAUGGUGAAUGGAAUUCGCAUUUGUUUUUUCUUUAACAACAAAAACAAUAGCAAUCGCAACAACAACAACAAAAAUUGUUUAAGAAAAAUCCAAAAAAAAUAAGAGAAUCGAAGUAACUAUAAAAACAAAAACAAAAACAAAAGGUAAAGUGAAACAAACAUUGUAUUUGUUAUAUACUGAAAAAAAAGGUAUAACUAACUAAAAUUAAUAUGUACACUAAAAAUGCAAGCAAAGAGGUUUUUUUAGUCAAAAAACGUACAACAAACACACAAAUUUAUCUGAAAUGAAGCCGCAGAAUAUGAUCGAUUCAGUAGAUAAUUGAAAAACAAUUUUUGAAGAUAAUUUAGUGGAAAGCGGUAAAACUUAGACAAAUUAUAAAUUAGACUAGCCAGACAUCGACAGACAGAGAAUGCAACAACAACAACAACAACAACAAAAUAAUAAUUGAUAAGCAAACUAAAAACAAAGAUGGCGGAAAGGAAAAUGGAAACGGAAACGGAAGUAGGAGAAAACAACAUUAGUUAGCUAAGACGAUAGGAAGGCACAGCAGGAAUGGACAAGAAACAAAAACAAAAAAAACCAAAAACAACAACGUUCUGAAAAGUAUGUCCAUAAGAGUGGAACAAAGUUAUUGGGUGUGCGUGUGUGUGUGUGGGAAAAUGGGAAAGAGUGUGUGUGCAUGAGAGAGAGACUGCAAAUGAUGCAUGCAAAUUAGUGCAAAAACCCAGCGCUCACCCCAGCCCAGCCCAGCCCAAACUAUCCGAUCCCCAUCCGAUGCCAUACCCAUAACCCCAACCAACCCGAUUCUACGAUUCCGCCUUGGGGCAAUUAGUUAGCACAAAGCUUUAGUUAUUAUGCCCAACUGUACGCUGUACGCUGUACGCGUACGUGAGCGUGUGUGCAUAGUAAAUAAUCACCAUUAGAAAUUCAAAUUCAAUUUUGGCGCCUGCAUUGCCUAAUUGGCCGCAGCAGCUAUCCCAACAGCAUCCUCAUCCUCAUCAGCAGCAGAGGCAGCAGCAGCAACAAUAACAACCACAAGAACAGGAAAAAAUUCUAUUUAUCGGAUUGCUUUACAGUAGAUAGAUACAGAUCCAUCGUUCCUAUGAUACGUAUUGUGUUCCGAAACGGUAUUUAAUAAAAAUCAUUACAAGCAUUUCUCGUGAGGAAUUGUUUUUCGAUCGAUUCUUCCUAUGGCAGUUUCGACAUACGAGUAUAUAUAUGAAAUAUGAUCCUCGGUUAUGGAUCCUCGUCAAGAACUUAUAAUUUAUAUAAUUUAUAGGAUAGAACAAAUUGUAGUUCCUUCGAUGCGUUUAAUGUAUCCCCCCAUCCACUAUUACACCUCUCGCCCUCUCUCUCUCUCUCUAUCCUCCAUACACCCAUCCUCCAUAAUAUAUGCUAAUUUCCAAAAAAAUAAAAUAAAAAUAUAUAGAAGAAAGAGCUACCUGCAAAAACAGAAGACUAGACCUUUGUCCUUUUUCAUUUUGUAUACACCGAUUUGGUUUACACUUUUUAUGGCUCAUAUAAUCAAACGAUGCCUGAUUGGGGGCGGUGGAUCUAUUAGAUCCCAGUGCGAGUGCGGGACCACAACAAACAAACAAAAAACAAAGAGGGGACUACCCGAACAAUGUGUAAAAAUUUACCCAAAAGCCUUUUGCAGCUGGGCCUCUGUUAGUCAAGGGAAAUUUUAACAGCGCGCAGGCGACAAAGGUUUCGACUACAGUUUGGUGCCCGGCGUGGGCUGGGGCGUGGGCUUGGGCGUGGGCGUGGGCGUGGGCGCGGGUGUUUUCAUUCUUUUCAUUCAAUUCAGUUAAAUAUGAUGGGAAAAUGAAGAGAGACAGAUCAAUGAAUCAUCUUCAUCACACUUAACCUUUCAGUGUGUGUCACUAGUGAGCCGGAUGAUGAGGCCUGUGAAGUCUUUAUAGACCCCAUUUAAACGCCACUUUUCAAAGCAUUUGAUUUACUUACUAACUUUUGUGCGUUGCAAACAGCUCUCCAUGACUUUGUCUUGAGACAAAAGAUAAUCUUUGUAGAGAAGAAGAAGGAAGCGUCAUCUCCGACCAAAUUAAAUAUGUAUUAUAGGAGCCAUCAAUUCGAUCAUAUUUGAAGGUAUCUCUACUAUCAAAUACUUUUUUCGUUAGUAGGGAAAAUUGCUGUUUUGUUUUGAAUACAGCUAUGAUCGGAAAAACAACAAGCUGUGGCAAAAACUGAUUUCUUUCCAAAUUUAAUAUAAUGAAAUAUAAUUUUUUAUUUUCUUUGAUAUGGACAAAUUCUUUACUAUUUGAAUAUUGCUUUGAUCACAUUUCUCGCCUGUUCCUGACUGAGAGUCGCCUUCGAUUUCCCCACAAAAUGCAAAUGGCGAUGGCGAUGGCAAUGGACAAAUGCGGAAAGCGUGUGUGUGUCGCUGUGGGUGUGGGUGUCAUCUGAGGCAAGUGUCAAUCACAGUCACCGCACACCAGUUGUUCUCGUCACAUCCUGCCGCCAACUGUAUCGCCUCCCGAACCCACAGCCCACCACCCACACACACACACACACAUUCAACACUUUGCAAUUUUUAAUUAAAUGAAAUGCAAGCAAAGAGGACAAACAGGAGAGAGAUAUUGAGAUGGAGAUGGAAGCGAGGGGAAGAAAGAUAGGGACCGCCCGCAGAUAAAAUGAAAAACCAUUAACGAAAAAUGAUAUCUGAAGAUGGAAAGGAACGAAGGCUAGAGCGAUAAGAGAGGAGCUGCAGAUGAAGUGUGAAGAUGUCAGAUAAAUCCUCUUGGAAGAUAAAAAGUGCACAAAUUUCUGAAGUUUUCAAUGGUCUUUCCGCUGUUUGAUGGGUUCUGAGUUUUAUUACAUUAUUUUAAGAGCAGCCCUGUCCAUCCAUCCAUCAAUGGGCCACACACAAUGAAUUAGAGCCCAAUAAGAUAGAGAGGAUGCUGCAAAAUCAUAAUUGUUGCGGGAACAAGCAAAAGUAAGAACAAAGAGGCUGCAGGGCCGCGGGCGGAACGAGCCAGAUGAAAGAGGUAUUCAAGUAGAUGAAAAGCAGUGUAAAAGCUGGAAAAUUUGACGAGCUGUGGAAAGGAAAGCAGUAAAGCAGGAAAGCAGUGAAGAAGCAGCAGUGGACAAGCAGCAGCACUGCAGAAAAGAGCAGGGAGAGCAGUGUGAGAUCAGUAAAAAAAACAGUGGAAGACCAGGGUUGGCUCAGAAGGAGAGCAGGGGUGGAGCAGUGGUAAAGCAGUUGAGGAGCAUUGAAAGAGCCAGGGGUAAGCAGUGGGUGACCAGUGGUCGAGAGGAGCAUGAGGGGUGAACGGAGUCAUAACAAUACAAACAGUGUGGCCACACACAAAAAGGACAUUAGCCCUGCUCCUCCACUUUGCCUCUGCCCUCAUCCCCCCAGCCUCCCAUGGCUGCCGGCCUGCUUUGCUUUUCUUUCUCUGCUCGCUUUUGUUGUCUUUGUUGUAAUUGCCUUUGUUUCAUUCAUUUAUGUUUCGGUCGUUUUGGGGUUCGGGUCCGUCCGCCCACUCUCCGUCCUCGGUGACCGGCUGGAUGCCGAUGAGCGAUGCGUAUCGGUGGCCCAAGAGCGGAAUCGGGUUUGUUUGUUCUCACUGUUGCCGCCUAAAAGUAUUCACAGUAAAGAUCCGAUAGUGUGGAAUUCGGCCUUGGAACCGUUUCAAUCCGCCAUAGAUAUUGGAUAUAACUUUCCUACGAAAUGCAUUUGAUCAUUUUUAAGUUCAGCAUCGCUUUCAUUCAAUCAGUUCAAUCCCGCUCUUUUAUUUGAAUUCAAUCCCGACUUCCAUCUAAUCCGAAUGCAUUAAGGGGCCGUUCACACCAUUCUCACUCCUCUGAGCCAAUACAGUGACUUUAUUGUAAACAAAAGAGCAGGAGCAGCAGGAGUGAUGGGAGUGGCAGGAACAAAAAAAAGAAAAGGUUUCCCGGAAAUGUCCGUCAUUGGCCAUUUCCACUGUAACAGCAUUUUAUCUAUGAGCCAGAGUGUCGCGUGUCGGGCCCCCAAACGCAGGAGGCAAUACAAAAGCAAUCAUAAAGUUAUAGCCUCCCGAAACGGCCUUCGCCUCGCAGCCGAACUCUCCUCUCCCUUCACCACUCUGUGGAACCAGUCCAGUUCGGGAGCAUCUCUGCUGUCCCGUCCCGUCCUGUCCUAGAACAUCCCGAAUAUCCCGAACAACCAAAAAGCAACUUUACACCCUUGGGCGACAUUUUCCACUACGCAACCAUCUACCGGUUGCCUUCCACUUCCGUUUUCCGUCCUAUGUCCUAUGUCCAGUGUCCUAUUCGUAUGCCUCCCCCGGCUCUUCCUGUUUGGAGUCAGUCCCGCUUUUCGUCUUCUCCCCGUCCCCCACAUCGUUUAAUGUCGUAUGUCCUAUCUAUGUUUUCUGGCUCUGUGUUGUGUGUCCUUGUUGGCGUGUGGCCUACUCCUACCUUUUGGCUCAAUAAGAGCGACAAAUUUAUUGCUUGCUAAUAGGAAAACAGCCUCCCUCUGGUCCUGUUCUGGUGUACUCCCAUUCUGUGCCUCCUUAACCACUUCCCUCCUCUCAGAACCGCUGGGAAAAUGGUCAGGACAAAGUUUGUCGACAUUUUUCCACCGUCUUUUUUUUUGUUUUUUUUUUUGUGGGCCUCGAACAGAGGAAAAAUAUGUUUUCAACAUAAUUUCAUUCAUUAUAUUUGAAUUGUUAUAGUCGCUGGCGUUGGUGUUGGUGUUGUUGCUGGAUGCUCAUUUUCAUCUGGCUCAUUAUCGUGCCACACCCACUGCCCCUGCCCCUGCCCCUGCCGCUGCCGCUGCCCGUAAGGCCUCACCUUCCUUGGGCGUCUGUUUUGGCUAAUUUGAAUUUGAUUUCAUUCGGAAAGUUUUCUCGUUUUUUGGCAUUUGUUGCCAUUUCCAUUUCCAUUUCAGCUUUAUGUGUUCUGUGACAAGUGCAAAUGAUUGGAGGGUAGCCAGUAGGCCAGUAGGAGGCCAGUCUCGCACCGAAGUUGAAACACCCUUCAGGUUAGAGGACCAAUAAAGCUAUAAAACUUUAAAUAAAGGGUAUUAGGCUGGGUGACAUGGCUAUAUCGACUCUUACGUGUAUGUAUAUGUAUGUAUACCAUGUGGUCGGUCGGAGAUGAUUCCUUUUGUAUGUUUCUCGCUUCUGCACAAAUUUGAACAUGCCCGUUCAGGCGUAUAAAAAUGAGUUGAUUAAUUGACAAUGAAUGUGAGCCGAGAGUAAAUUGAUUUUCAGCACUGCAGGCACUAUAAAAAGUGUCUGUGAUUUGUGCUUUUUUUGUCUCCAAAACGAAUGCAAAACGAACAGAUCGCAACAAAGAGCCGACAGAUGGACUAAUGGAAUGUCCUGUUAUAUGAAAUAUUUCAGUGAUUCCAAAAACCAACAUUUGUGAAAGUUCUCUGAAUCAACGAACGCCACAAACUAAAUGAACCUCUAAGGUUUCAUGGGAAUAACGCAAGAAAUGCCUGGGAUAUACAUACAUAGGUAUAGACUUUGAAUAGUUCAGGUUCAGCACGCCAGGACUCAGUGAGGGCACCACGGGUCAUGAAUCACGGCGUAAAUAUUCCAGAAGUAAUUAUUAUGUUUGCAUGUUGUGUGUCAUACAUAUACAUAUAUCACUAGUCAUUAAAAAAUAGAAAGAGAAUAACAAGAAAUCGAAAUGUAAAUGAUGAAAAAACAUAUUUGUAUGGAAAAUUGGAACAAACGAAACAAAAAGUUAGGUUUUAAACAAAAUUGGAGUAUUUUUUACGAGAAACCAGAUAAAAAGACCCGAAAGACACACACUCUAACAGUAUGCCAAAGGGCAUCAACAUGAAAGAGCUCCAAAUUGAGAAGGGUACUUUUUCGAGACAUACAUACAUACAUAUGUAGGUACAGUUGUACAUUGGGCAUUGGGUGGUGUGCGUGUGUCAACAGUUUAUACAUAAACAGAUAGAUAUACUCGUACUAUAUACAUAUAUACUAUAUUUGGGAUCGGGGGACAUUUUGGGGUUAAAAGAACUAAAACUACAAUUAUGAACACAACAAAUUGCAUAAAAGAAAGAACAUUUUUUUAUAACGUACCUUUAACAGAGAGACGGAGAAGCGUUCAAGAUGAACAACUAACACUAAUUUUAAAACAUAUAUUUAAUAGUAAAAUUAACGUAAAACUAACAUUAACAUUAACUUUAACAUAACGAAACCCAAAACCAAAACCACAACAACAACAAAGAAACGAACAUUGAUAAGCGAUGUAAGAUACAUGGCAAAAAGGCACAUUUUUGCAGUGGAAAAAAUCGAGUAAAAUUGUUUAAAAACAGGAAAAACAAAGAAGCAAACGCAGAAGCAAACACAGUGGAAAACAAACAAAAAACAUAACGAAUUGAAUUACAUUUUAAGAAAAUAACAAAAGUGGAAAACCAAUUAAGAUAAAAGAUAUUUAAACAAAGCAGAAAAAAAAACUAUAAAAUUAUACGAUUUACAAAACUAAGUAUAAAAGCAAACCAAAAACCAAAAAGGUAAGAACGGAAAGAGAAAAAUAAUUGUAAAAAUAGAAAGAACAAUUUUUUUUUUGCUCAAAGCCAGAGGCACACCCUUCACCCCUCACCCAAUCACCCCCCUAAAGAACCAUCCUCUAAUACAAACUAAAAUGAAAACAAAUAAUACGAAUAUAUUUCGCGGCACGUAAAAAAUUUGUUCAUCACGAAACAACCAAAAAAAAAAAACAAAUACACACACAAAAACCCAAACCAAAAAAAAAAUCACACACACAUUUUCUAAGCAAAUUGCAAGAAUUGGGAAAAAACAAAAACAAAAAGGUGUUUAAAAUUAAAUUAAAACCAAGAGAGAAACCAACACACAACACAUAAGCAAAACCCAAAGAAACAAAAAGGAAAAAACCGCAAAAAUAAAUACAAUUAAAAGUAAAAAACACAAAUGUAGCUUCUAGUGAAAUAAUUUUUAAAAACAAAGCAAACGAAACGAAACGAUAGCAGAAGGAAGAGUGCCCCAAAGACCCAAGAAACAACGUUAACAAGAAGAAAGAAAGUUGUACAAGUUCGGCUAGCCGAAACAUGGAAUACCCUUGCAAUUGAUUGAAUAUUUUCGUACGCUCCCAGCUCACCACACAGUCCUUCCCAUAUAAGACUUGUAUAGUCAAUCUAAGCAUCUAUCGUUAACUCAAUUGUACCCUUGAUAACUAUAAAGUGAUCCGAAACCAAGGCCAGCUAACCUUUUAGAAGAGUAUGAUCAGAAAUACUAUUACACAGAUCUCUUCGAUCUUUCCUCAAUUCGACUGUCUAUUGGUGCACAAAACAGUUCAUUGUGAAAGGUUUAGUUCGGCUAUACAAACAUAUUUAGAGACAUCCACGUCAGCUAUGUAUGGGAGAGUAAACAGAGAGACCUCUAAUCUUAAACCAAAUGAUUAUAAGAAAUACUACUUCAUUUCGAUUCCGAUCUCUUCCUGGUUCAACUGAAUCCAGCUUGGGUAUAAAACAGUUCAUUGUGUACAAAUUUACUUUGACUACUCUUACUAGUCAUGAUCCGAAUCAAGUGAUCCGAUGCAACACCUUACGUCAGGUGAGAUAUGAUAUAUUGGUCGACCGAUCUUUCUGAAAUUCCAUUGAAUCCAAGCUAGGGCACAAUACAAUUCACUGUUUGAGAGACCGUAAAGAUAUUGCACUAGAAGCUGUUCUCUUGAUAAUUACAUUACGACUAUACAGCCCGAUCCGAAGCCCGAAACCCCCAUCAGUAAUAAGAGGAAUUAGAGAGAAUCUUUAAUCAGAUGAUGAUGAUCAGAAAUAUUUAUAUAUAGAAAGUGUAUACAAUGUGUAUAUGGUAUGUGUAUGGCCCAAAGAGGAAUACCCUCAAUUGCAAGGUUAUCAAAACGAAUACUAAAAGAAAACUAAAAUAGUAAAGAGCAAAGGAAAAGCAAGAAACAAAAACUAAAAUAGAAAAUUCUUUUCAAAUAUCAAUAAAGCAAAAUGAGAAAACCCAAAUGAAACGAAAUGAAAUGAAAGAACAACGAGAAUGUGAAAUCACCUACCAAUAACAACAGCUGCAACACACAUUUCAAGUGCGCUCGUUUAGCCCCAUAUAUAGUAUAUUUCAAUUAAAAAGGAACGAAAAACAAACAACAAAAAACAUUAAAAUAUUUCAAUAUGUCAUUAAGUCACAGCGAAUAAACAACAACAAUAAGUUGAAGGCGACUUAAACAUCUAAAAGAGAGAGAGAGCAAGAGAAACAGUCCGCCUGUGAAAGAGAGAUGGUUUAAGGGGUUUUUGAGGGAAAGUAAGGCCGCCCUAGAGGUGUACUAUACCAGGUGGAACCAUCUCCCUGGGCCUGAGAAUGCGAUGGCCAGAGAUCCCUCUGAUAUAAUGACAUUUACUCCUCUGGCCCAAGCCUGAGCGUAAUUUAUGCGUGUCUAGUAAAUCGUGUCUAAAUGAACCUUUAAGGUUCUCCUUCAUUGCACAACGUUUGAUUAACAUUUAAAAAUAAUUUGAUGGACGCCCCUCUAGGGCUAUUCCUAAUUAUUAUACUAUGAGAAGGGACUCUCUCACAAAGAUAUUAAAGAAAGGCACUGCGAAUUAUAACCUUAGUUGUAUGCACUAGGUAAAAAGUAGUUGGUUGCACAAUGGAUUAGCCUCUAGGGUUAUUAUAAAUUAGUAUUAGUAUUAGAGCAGAGUCUCACAAAGAGUUAUAAGACGGUAUUUUGUGCCAAAAGAUCUAUAGGUCUUAGAGGAAACGAAAAUAAGUUCUCUGGUUAAUUAAUGCAUUGCGUUUUGCUCUUAUAAUGAGGAACCAAUAAAUAUGAGGAACAAUUGUUUAAA